ACCCCUGGCUCUGAAACGCGGCAGGUACUCCCUGCACCAGAUGCAAGGGUAGAGGAGAAGAACUUAGUCCUACGCAGAACCUCCUCCUUCCAACGUGUCGCCUCUGACGCGCGAGUGAUUCGGAGCUCCAUGUCUUAUGUCAGGAGCAGAAAUCAGUCCGGCCUGACCUGGAAACCAUUGCCACGGCGGAAAGGCUGACGUAGGGUCCGCAGUUGAGAAACCAUAAAGCAAACGAUUAGGGUGUAAUGAACUGUGAGGAAACGGGAGGCCAGGGGAGGAAAGGGGCUCCAUUUUCGGGCCGAGAGUGACUGAACGUAUGUGUAGUGAGCGGUUCACAAUGGUUCAGAGGUUGAUUGCGACCCAAACUCAGACAUAGUCCGUCUGCCUGUCUAGAAGGCCGCCUCCUACGACCCCGACUCGAAACGCCAGACGCUGGUACCAGACGCUCGUUCAGUAUCAGACGCAAUCUCACGUUCCGUCAGACGUCUCGAAACCUCAGAUGCUAACUUAGAGUCGGUCCCCUAUCAGCCAUGAUGCGGUCCUGGUGCCUUCAAGGUUCCGCCCCCCGUCAUGUAUCUACCGCUUAUCUGCAGGAUACGAGCUCGGCUAUAAAGCGAAGCAGGAGAUCGAAAACAAAGCACGGCUUUAUUCAACGCUACCGUCUCAGCAUCAGCACGCGAGCUUGGCACGCCUCUGCCUUCGCCUUCGACUUCACCUUGGUUCAACACACGCUACUAGCGUACUAGCAGUCACUGCAACGUUAGUCGUGGUUCCGAUUCGGUUCCGAUUCGGCUCCGAGUAAAGUCGAAGGAACUUCCGUGAAUCAUGGCGCCGCCUCAGGUCUUCAAGAAGUACAUGCAGUUCAAGCCGCCCAUGGCGCUGCUGCAGUGCGCGAUCGCGGAGAUCUUGGGCACCAUGUACUUCGUCUUCCAGGGCGUCCUCUGCUCCGCCGUCACCAGUCCGGGAGCCAAGAUCGAGCCUCUCACAACCGUGGUCAUCAUUGCGUUGGGUAACGGCGUGGGUUACGCGCUCGCUGUGGCCGGGACGAUCGGCAUUUCCGGGGGCCACCUGAAUCCGGCGACCACCGUUGGCAUGCUGGCGGUGGGGCUCAUCGACGUGGUAUCCGCGGCCGUCUACAUCAUCGGCCAGCUCGUGGGCGCGCUGGUCGGCGUCGGCCUUGCCACGGCCGUCUUGCCUUCCGCCCUCAACCGAGUUCUCGGCGCGGCGUCGCUACCCGUAGGCACGUCAUCGGGCACAGGUUUCCUGGCAGUGCUUCUGUUCAGCAGUCUUCUCAUCUUCACAGUUUUCGCCACCGCCGUGGAUCCCAGGGGCCCUAUCGCAAUCGCACCCCUUAUGAUCGGCCUUUCCAUUCUCACGACCACUGCAGUGGGUGUGCCUCUAACGGGGGGGACUAUCAACCCUGCACAGGCGUUUGGAACAUCGGUGUGGCAAGGUGUUUGGACUAACCACUGGAUCUACUGGCUUGCACCGAUUCUGGCAGCCGUUGCUGUGGCAGUGCCCUACUCAGUGAUCUUUCUGCUGCCUCUCAGCAAGGAUAGUGUGGAGGAUGAGAAUGAGAAGGUUUAGUUGUUUUCUGAUUCGGAAUGGGUGGGAUGUUUGAAUCCAGUAGUUUUGAUAUUUUUGGUAGUAGUGGGUGGGAGAGAUAUUUUAGAUGCUAGAUGCAAUUCUUGGUGGGUUGACUACAGAAUUGUGGUGUAAUGCUAUAAUUCAUGUAAUAAAGUUACUAUUUUUUG